AUGGCAGAGAUCCUGCGCCAGCACCAGCACUGUAUUUUGGGCGACCUUCUCUGCUCUCCGCAAGACCUUCUCCAGUCCAGGUCCUCCUCUCGCGCCUUCCAAACCCGAGAGGCCUCUCAUCAACAGAUCGACCUCAUUCAAAGCCCGGCAAUGGCGCAACCUCUUGUGCAGCGUCAAUUCAGGUCUGAUAGGAGCCUCCAUAACCAGGCCUGGCCAGCUCUGCGACCAAUGCCGCAGCGUCCGGAACAACAUCUUCACGCGCCCGCGGCUAGCACCUUCGACAGGGCAACGCCGGUACAACGUCCUUGGUGGGGAGGGCAUGAGGCAGUCAACAACGCCUUUGUAUGGAAUCACGGGUUGCCAAUGGAGCCCUACAUCAUGCCAGAUAUGGAUCCCCGGUUCGGGCCGCAUAGCGAUCUCACCUACGAAGGCGUCGUGGCUGGGCAGACUGGUGUUGGUAAGAGCGGUUACGAGUACGGGGUUGGGACUUCCUUGGCAUUGCCGGCCAUGAGCGGUCUUCCACGUCAGGUCAGCGUAUAUCAUGGAUCAGAUCCCGAUACGAAUACGAAUACACCGUCGCUGUCAGCUAAGAGCUUCUUCAGCGACCUGUCAGAGGUCGAUCAGCCGUUUACACCCGACGCGAUAGUUGAUCAACCGUCCCCAAACAAUGCCUGGGCGGAUUUCGAUAGGAGGUCAUACAAUAAGUUCGAGCCCUCGACCACGUUUGAGGCUAAGUCGGACAUGCUAAGCUUCGCUCCACAUCCGGCGCAGGCUGGCGAUGUAGCGGAGAUGGUCGACUCCUCUAGGCUGCAGAAUGUCGGCUUGGGAGCCUCACUAUCGACCGUGGAAGGGAGCCAAGUCCCUGGUUUCCGAGAGAUGGCUCCCGCUUCGGGUACAGCAGUCGAGUCCGGUGGGACUGGAUGGGCGAAUCCGUUCUUCCAGAAUGAUGUGACCCAAUGGCACAUCCCAAAAUAUGCCAAUGAUUUGACAGGAUUGCCGUAUUACCACAAGAACCAGCGCACCUCCGGUAGCCUUGACCAGGUCGGCGAUGGCACAUCCGUACCAUAUUCAAGUCAUACUCAGGUCGACGCAGCGUAUCGUUCUUAUGAUCGCGACAAGCCGCCUCGAAAUGCUCCGGCACGGGAUUCCGUCCAGAUCUGUCGCAAUGACGAGUCUCAGGACCAGCGGAAGGUCGAGGAUAGCAUUCUUCUAGAGGGUAAGGCCGCUGGGCUCACCUACAAGGAGAUUCGGGAGAAGAUGCCUACGAAGGUAGCGGAGUCGACGCUGAGAGGAAGAUACAGGUCCUUGACAAAGGUAAGGAAGGACCGUGUCCGUAAGCCGGUGUGGACCGAGAACGACAUUCGACUGCUAAAGGAAAUCGUCCGCGUUGAGUUGAACCGCCUCGACAACGGCUACCGAGCCCUCACCAAAGACCAACGUAUCGCGAAGGUCUCUUGGAAGAAGGUGGCGGAUCGCAUCGCGGAGUACGGCGGAUCAUACCAUUUUGGCAAUUCGACGUGUAAGAAAAAGUGGACGGAGAUUGACUUGGGCCGUUGACGCGACAGUUGUUGGUUCGAUAGAGGGUCCUUCUUUUGCUUCUUCACUUUUCCUUUGUGGAGUCCCUUGUCCCUUGUAAUCUGUGCUGUACCGUGCUUGUUGGGUGGAAUGUGUGUGCGAUACUCCGUAAAGG